AGCUUUUGUAGCUACUAUAUUACAAAUGGCCGCUACCUCAAAAAACAAUAUCGUGAUCGCGGGAACGAGAAAACUAUAUUUCUCAUUUUCUUACCUAAAUUCAACGUUUCCACGCAUUUAAGUUCACAAGAUUAGUGGUAUGCUUUCUCUAGAUAAUAAUGAAUCUCAUCAGGAUGAGGAAACCACUAGUGAAAAUGGAUCUGAUGAUUAUCCAAGAAUACCUGUUUCUAUGGAUGGACCAAAAGAAUGGACUUAUACAAUGAGAAGACAUAUGCAGGAAGUGGUACCUGGAUUAUAUCUUGGUCCAUAUAGUGCAGCUAGCCGAUCAAAAUUACAAUCUUUGAUAGAACAUGGCAUAACUCAUAUAGUAUGCGUUAGACAGGAUAUAGAAGCAAAUUUUAUAAAACCCAAUUUUCCUGAUAAAUUUAAAUAUCUUGUUUUAAAUAUUGCUGAUACAGCAACAGAAAAUAUUAUCCAACAUUUUCCAAAGGUAAAAGCUUUUAUUGAUGAAGGUUUAAAUUCUGGUGGCCAAGUUUUAGUUCACGGAAAUGCUGGUAUAUCAAGAUCUGCUGCAUUAGUUUUAGCAUAUGUUAUGGAAACAUAUGGUCUUUCUCAAACAUGUGCAUAUGCAAUAGUACAACAAAGAAGGUUUUGUAUAAAUCCUAAUGAAGGUUUCAUGGCGCAACUGAGAGAAUAUGAACCAAUAUAUCAAGCUCAGAAAACAUUAAAAAGUAAACAACAAUGUUUAUUGAGACAAACAACCAAAAGAACUAUCCAUCAAAUGGAUACUGAAAGAACAGAGGAUAAAUGUGAUACAAUGGAUAGUUGACUACUUUUUUUGAGAAUGCUGAAAAUACCAAAAGACUUACUUUAGGUUAGAUGAAUAAACUUAAUAAAAAA